AGGAUUUAUAUAGACAAUUACCUCGUAGUCUGGGCCUUUUUUUUUUCUUUUUUCUCUGUCUGACUGAGAGGGAGUCAGGGAGGGGUCCCGCCGCCGCGCGUCCGAGCGAGUUUGGUCGAGGUGGUCGAAAGGCAAGUGAGGACGUUAGGAUCUGACACGGUGGGUGCUUGUGUUAGAGGAUUAGGACGACAGAAGUGGUCUGGCCCGUCUCAGAGACGGGUGUGCACACCUUGUGCUAGGACUUUUUUUUUGAGUUCCAGAGUUGCUCAAAGUUAACAGAGAGUUUGCCUCUUUUUUUUUUUUUUUUUUCGUCCAGAUUCCAGUUUUACAGGUUUUUUUUUUGGCAUUCUGCGGGGAGGACGCGAGGCGACAGUCUUCGCUCAGCAUGUCUAGCGAGGCCAGAUACGGAGCGACGUUCUUCAAGAAACACGAGUCGGCUAGGGACGGGAGUUGGAUUCAGUUCCUAGAACCUGUCACUUUUCAGGUGGUGGUUCAGGAGUCCGGGCGAGACCCGGCGUUGCGUCUCAUCGUGUCGAGAGCGCGACAUGAGUCGCUGGUGAUGACGUGUUUCAUUUCUCUCCCGGUCGAUUCGGACCGGUGGUCGUUCCUGAAGAGGGACCGAAGGCUGAUCAUCAAGGAGAAGACGGCGACGGGGGAGAAUUGCGUCAUGGUCGCGCUGGAGCAAGAGGAGAUGGUCGGCGAGGUGAUUGAGACCAUAGUCGACGCCCACAGGAGGUUCCAGCCCAAGAACCGCAAAAAAGCCAAGCUCAGCUCGAAGCAGGAGAGCCAGAGGAGCCAGAGGAGCCAGAGGAGCCAGAGGAGCCAGAGGAGCCAGGGAAGCCAGGGGAGCCAGGGGAGCCAGUUCGCGGAGAGGCAGCAGCCUUCUUCUCCCGCGACGGACGAGGAGCGCGCGGAGGUCGCGGAUUCGAGGAUUUCCGGCGACCGGUCGAGCGCCGAGCAGUCCAGAGGGGGUCCAGGAGGCGGCGGUUCGCGGGUCGCCGGCGACGCGGUGAAGGGCCGUCAGACCGCCGGCCGCCGGCUUGCGGACGAGUGCGAGGGGAACUCGCGAGAGCGUCAAGCAGGAGGAGAGAGGGCGCUACAAGGAGCGCCGUCGUCGGCGGCCGGCCGGUUCUCGGCGAGCGCGCCGCCCAGUCGCCCCGCUUCAGAGCAACAGACAGAUCCGCAGCGCCCCCGCGAGACCGCCCCCCCGUCGCCAGCCACGUCCGCGAGAGAGCCCGGCGAAGAGGAAGUUGGCUGCGUCCUGUUCAACAAGUUGAUCAGCUCGAUCUGGGGGCAGCGGAACGAGCGCCCAGCGCUGCAAAAGGGCUUCUCCGUCGAGGAGUGACGCGCCCGACCGCCCCGCCACCGACGGGCGCGGAGCGGCAAGG